AUGGAUUUAAUUCAGAGACUUCCGCUGGAACUAAUUUUGAAGAUAUUCUCAUAUUUGUCACAUGGGGAAGUCGUGAUAUGUAUGAUUGUUUGUAAGGGAUGGUAUUCGUUAGCAACACAUCCAUUGCUUUGGAAACAAUUGUAUGUUCAAAAAGAAUGGGGAAUGAAUGAAGAAUAUAUUCAACGUUGUGAAGAAUGGGCAAGGAGGAAGAUAGGAGUUUUAAAUAAAUGGAUGAAUAAUUUUUCUAAAAUCAAAGCAUUUGAACAUGAAAAAACAAAGAGAGAUAAUAAUUUAUUUCGUCCGGUACAUAUUACACUUUUGCCUGGAAUGGAGGUUAUUUUGAAUUGGAAAUUUGUUUAUAGUCAGCGGUAUUUACUUGUAAAAAAUUGGGAGAAAGGAAAAUAUGUAUGUUAUACGAUUCCACGAGGACAAGUUAUGGUGAAACAGAGUGAAAUACAUCAAGAUAGGAUUUAUUGUAUUCAAUUUGAUAGGAAUUUUAUAGUUUCAGGUUCAAAAGAUAAAACGAUUCGUAUAUGGGAUAUGCAGAAGGGUAUAUGUCGUAAAAUUUUACGAGGACAUCAAGGAAGUGUUUUAGCACUUCAAUUUGACGUAAAUAUGAAUUUGCUAGUUUCAGGAUCUAGUGAUAGAUUUGUAAUUAUUUGGAAUUUAAGUUCAGGGAAGAUACGAUCGAUUUAUAAGGGUCAUACGGGUAGUGUUCUUGGAUUAUGUUUUGAUGCAAAACAUAUUGUGACAUGUUCUAAGGAUCUCACUGUUAGGAUUUGGUCUCAUGUUUAUCAUGAAGUAAGAGAUAAACGGCAUCAUUUACGUAUUCUUAGAGGACAUCGCGCAGCUGUUAAUGCAGUUCAAUUAAAAAAUGAUCAAAUAGUGAGUGCUAGCGGGGAUCGAACAAUUAAAAUAUGGGAUUUAUAUACAGGUUCAUGUUUACAUACAAUCAUGGAGCAUCAAAGAGGUAUUGCAUGUUUACAAUUUGAUGGACAUCGAAUUGUUUCAGGAAGUUCGGAUCGUUUGAUUCGGUUAUUUGAUGCUAAUUCAGGUCAAAUACUAAGAACAUUUGAAGGUCACAUGGAUUUAGUAAGAGCACUCUGUCAUGACUCUCAUAAAAUCAUUUCUGGAUCUUAUGAUCAAACAAUACGUAUAUGGGAUAUAUGUUCUGGAAAAUUAUUACAUAAUAUUGAGAGUAAAGAUUCUGGCCAUAUUUAUAGAAUUGUAUUUGACGACGUUCGUAUUAUGAGUUGUGGACAAAAAAAACAGAUUAUGGUAUAUGAUUUUGGAAAAGAUAUUGAUACAACUUUUUUUUAA